GGUGCCGUUGAGGGCCCUCCUGAGGCAGCAGCUCUCUGGUCUCCGCAGGCGGCAUCCCACGAGCUCCCCGGCAGCCCCGAGGUGUCCAUCUGCUUUGCCAACCGCUCCGCCGCCCUCUUCCACCUCGGGCACUUUGAGGUUUGUUUGGAAGACAUUGCCAGGGCUGAAAGUCAUGGCUAUCCAGACAGACUGCUGCCCAAGGUCUUGUUGCGGAAAGCUGAAUGUCUGCUGUGUUUGGGGAGGUUACAGGAUGCAGCAGAUGCCCUCAGUGUGGUGGAGAAUAAAAUUGCUAUGGAUGGGAUCAUGACUAGUUCUACGCACCAGACACUGCUAAAAAAGUUAAGUCAACUAAAGAUUAAAAUACGUGAAAAAGAGAGCUGUCCAGAGCCUGCACGAGAAGCGUGUGAUGACAUUAUAAGCAAGUCGGAGAUCUGGGAAGAGAAUGACAGUAUUUCAGGUGCGUCGUCAUCUUUGAGCUUGAAUUUUGAUACAGAGAGAGGACGUCACUUGGUGGCCUCACAGGACAUCCUGCCAGGACAGAGCCUGUUGAAAGAGGAGGCCUUUGUAAGCGUGCUCUGCCCAGGGGAGAGCCACCUUCUGCAGGACAGCAGUGAAACAGCAUGGGAUACUCGAAUCACUAAUGCAGAUCUUUAUUGCCACCGUUGUCUGAGGCAGCUCUUAGCCUCAGUGCCUUGCCGUGGGUGCAGUUACGCAAAGUACUGCAGCCAGAACUGUGCAGACGUGGCAUGGGAGCAGUACCACAGGACAGAGUGCUCCCUGGGAGCACUGCUUCUCACGUUAGGGGUCUUCUGCCAUGUUGCCUUGAGGACGGUUCUACUGGCGGGAUUUGCAGAGGUUAGCAGGCUGGUGGAAUGGUCCCACGAUGGUGACAAGGACCUUAACCCUGAGACAAGAUGCAAACAUCUCAGCGAGGCACCGGUUCCAGGAGCUGCUACCAGAGCUAUCCCUGGUUGUAAUGACAAUGGUCAGUACCAGAGUUCUUACCAAGCUGUGUUCAACCUUUUGCCACAUGCUGAGAGGCACAGCCCAGAACAUAAGUUCCUUUGCAUGCUGAGUGUAGUAGCUAUAUGCAAACAGCUGCAAGAAGCUGGCCUAGAGGCUGUUGUUUUGAAUCAGGAAACAUCUGAGAAGUGGUCCAAACCAAGGAUACGUGAAAAAACAUCGAGUGAAUUGUCUCCAGAGCUGAAGACUAUGGCAGAAGCGAUGCUGAGGCAUGUGUUGCAGCUGCAAUGUAAUGCACAAGCGAUCACUGUAAUGCAGGAGUCGGGGUCUGGAGAUAGUGCUGUUGUAAAUAAGCAGCCUGUGCGCCUGGCAACAGCCUUCUUUCCUGUCCUCAGCCUUCUGAACCAUUCAUGCUGUCCCAAUACCAGCGUGUCAUUUAGUGGGACAGCUGCCACUGUCAGGGCAUCACAGCCAAUCCCAAGCGGCCAAGAGAUUUUCCAUUGCUAUGGGGAAGACACGCUUUGUUGUUCAAAUGAAGCUUGUGCAAUCUCAGUCAGCAGAGAGAGCCUGUCACACCGUUUAUGGGACCUUCAGCAACAAAUCAAGAAAGCAUUAGAACUGCUAAGAGACAGGAAGGCUGAUCAGGCUAUCAAAAUGCUUCUGAAGUGCAAGAUGGAUGCUGGAAACUUCUUGUCUCCAGAGCAUUUGCUGAUGGGAGAGAUGGAGGAUCAUCUGGCACAGGUCUAUGCUACUCUUGGGAGGUGGCAGGAAGCAGCCAGACACCUGGAGAGGAGUAUUGAGAUUGUGGAAAUACAUCAUGGGCCAUCAAGUGUAGAAAUAGGUCAUGAACUUUUCAAGCUGGCACAAAUUCUCUUCAAUGGAUUUGCAGUUUCUGAAGCUCUGAGCACAAUUCAAAGAGCAGAAGAGAUUUUGUCAGUGCACUGUGGUCCUCAGAGUACUCAGAUCCAGGAACUACAGGAGAUGAAGACCUGUCUGUCAGAGCUUCCCAGAAGCAUCCUUCAGAGGACUUAAUUUCCCUGUCAAAGGAAGCUGCAAUGUGAUCUUUCAUCAAAGCUAAGUUUCAUGUGGUAAGGUAGUCAUGUAGUACAAGCUGGAAAAUCAUGUGUAACAACAACUGGAACGAAAUCUAAAAUGCUCUUUAGUGAGACUGUUGUAAAUAAAAUGACCAAUUCUAACAUGA